AUGGUGCCAUGGACCAUGGUCGCGAGAUAUCAACAAAGUUUGACUGACUGCGAUCUCCGCCUAGAUGGCUGCGGACAGUGUUGUCGGGCUGGAAUCAGCUGUUUUGGCUACCGCACGCAAGAGGAGCUGCGCUUCCGGGACCAGACGCAAUUCGUCAAGCACAAGCACAAGGUUCAGCUGCGCCGUGUCCGUCCCGCAAACUGGCCCAAGGUAACGCUGGAAAAUCAUGUCCACUUUGUUCAACCUGUACACAUUGGGUGGGAUGUACUCGCAAAGCAAGACUUUUUUACCAAUUUUGUCUUUGGGCUCGCCAAGAGCUACGACGCCCUUGGAAUCCUGUACCAAACGACGAAACCACCAGACCAUCUAGUCGCCAGCGUCGACGCCGCGAGUCUGGCCUUUUAUGCUCUUCGCCAAUUUGCGCCUCCUACAUCCAUGACGAAGCUUGCGACGGAGCGCUACGUUUCUGCGCUGCACCUCGUCAAUUCCGCGCUCGCCGACCCGGUGGCCUCGUUGGCGGACGAGACGCUGCAGUCGAUCCUGCUACUCGAUCUCUACGAGAAGCUCGUCAGCCGCAAGCGCACCUCAGCAGAGUCGUGGAUGAGACAUAUGAAUGGCGCUAUUUCGCUAAUACGAGCGCGAGGCAAAGAAAACCUGCAGACGUACGUCGGUCGCCGCCUGACGCAGAGAUUGUACACUACGCUCGUCAUCAGCUGUGCUAUAUCUGGGAUGCGGAUACCAGUUGAGAUGGAGCGACUACGGGCUGAUCUGAGCCGCCACUUCAAAAUUGAGGACGACCCCAAGUGGGCUUUGACAACAUUGAAUGAGCAGAUCAUCAACUUUACGUCAGAUGUGCAAGCAGGCAAUAUCUCGUGUCGAGAUCAAAUACUGGCACGCGCCUUGGAUUUUCAUCAAUCAACCGUCGCGUUGGAGGGUAUUUUGCCGUCGUGUUGGCAGCCCUCUCGUGUCUUUGUCGGCGACGAUGCUUUGGGGCGACAACUGACCUUGGCGGGGUCGUACGACAUCUACGAGGGUCUAUAUUUUGCCCAGGUUCGCAACGUCAUUCGCACAGCUCAGCUUAACCUGCUCUUGAUGAUUGAGCGGUAUGCGCGGCCCCACGAUCCGGAUCUCGUCGUCUCGGCACGAGUAUCGAUUGAGAAAAGUGCACAUGCAAUCUGCGACAGUUUCACCCAGUAUGUGGUGUCGCGCGACGAAAAGGGCGCCCUCUCGUGGGACCUAGCCUCUCCCAUGCAGCAGCUCGGGGCCUACACUGUGUUAUUUCCGCUUUAUUCGGCCGCGCAAGCCUCUCGUGAUGUACGCCUGCGCGAAUGGGCGCAGGAUGUGCUUGGCCUGGUGGCAGAUGUCGGCGGGCUGGCCAUGGCCCAAAAGACAGCCGAUGCGUUAAAGCAAAGCGAAGCGGUGCCGGCUUGGGAUGUUUACACCAUGCUGGGAAGUUAUGCCAUUGCGGCGUAA